AUGUCUAGCUUGGCUUCUUUUAGUCCCUGCAUCGCUAGCCAAGUUUCCGGUGAGAAGGAAGCAAGUAGCCGGAGUCAAUUCGACUGCCUCACAACUAAACCCACGCGAUCUCUCUUGAUGCAGCACAGCACUGAUUCUGGAUCCUCGGCUUCAUUCCCGACUCUGCUGAAGACUUUCGUCCAGACCCGUGGGUAUGCCAAAGCCAACAGACCAGGAGAAAGGACAGUAUAUUACAGUUCCCAAGAGGAGGGGGCAAGACAGACCAUACAGAGCCACGACCACGAUAGCUUCCGGGGCAAUAAGGUAGUGCUCCCAGGCCACACCUGCCUGGUGCAAGCGCUCCAACAGGAUGCAAAGAUUCGAAAUGGGCAAUUCCAUCUUCCAAGACUUUUAAGUCGCCAGCGUCUUCAGAGUUUUCUGUCUGUGGCCCGGCCGGCCUCGUGCGCCCCAGAUGAGCACAGCCUCCCCUCAUCCUCCGUGGAGCUCGUGCUGAAGGCGAGCUCGGGACACAGCACUGCACAUGUGGCCUUAACAGGAACUGCUCCAGUGUCCUGGCAAAGCGGUCCUCUCCAUGUCACGUCACCUCCACCCGCCACGACUUUUGAUACAGCCUUUUUUAACCUAGGAAAACUGACCCAAAGUAAAGCAGAUCACAGCAUCUUUGUGGCGAAUUACGUGUCCGUGACAAGCAACGAGGUGGUCGUAGAUGACGACGAAAUGGAUAACUUUUUGCCAGAAACUCAGUGGGCCGCCUCCCGUGUGGUUUCUCCGGUACAGUGUAUCACAGUCAGCCCACUAGGGCUGCCCAAAGAAACAUUAGACUCCGUACUGACCCCACCCUUACCCAGCCUUUCUUCCCACGGUGAAGAGGUGGCAUCAGCGUGGCAAGACACAGUGCGACAACCGACCACGUGUGCUGAGUCCCCCAGUCAUUUCAGUACUUUCUGGUCAGCUCUCCUCACCUCCGAGGGCAUCAUUCCAACUCCCAGUGGGACUUUGGUGCUUUAUCCCACUGACCCUCGCGGGCACUUAUCAAGCAGGACUUUGCCAGAGAUCGUGGCUUCAGGAACAGAAGGCGUAGAAGCCCUCCUCUUCGGCUCAGUGUCUUCAGUGCCUCAGCCCCUCCCCGUGUCGGGGGAGGUCCCAACGCCUCCAGAGGGUGUUCUGGCUACAGGUACAGGCGGGUACCCUGAUGUGACCACUGCACUGAGUCAGAGUCUGAAGGAAACCGUCUCUCCAGGAACACCCCCUGCGGCAGCCGCGUCACAGACGGCCCUUGUCUUUAGAAGCAGCAGCAGCACAAAUUCCGUUUUGUUUUCAACUUCUCUUGCAUUCGAGUCCUUUUCUGUUCCAUCGGCUGAUGUCUCCUAUAACCCCUUCCUUCCCAGCAGCUCCUCUGAAGCGUCGGGACCGCCCGGCAAUUCAGUGGUCCCAAGUCACGUGGCUGACACUCAGGUCCGGAGCCCAGCGCCCCCAUUCCGACCACACCUGGGGUGCGCGUCCUGCACCGUGGCGUCUCCUCGGCACGUUCCGUCGGCGAGCCUCCUGGAGAAGGACGUAGGGUCGGGGGAUGGUGCCGAAGCCCUGUCCCUGACCGUCAUGGAAGCAAGCAGCGUCUCCCCACCGAGCAGCACAGGAGCAGACUUCUCAGAAUUCGAGGAGGAGCUUCAAGAAUUUAAUACUCUCUUCCCCUCAAGACCGAUAGUUCCGCUUUCUUCUCGGUCUGUGGAAGUGUCAUCGGUGAGCGGUGGUAUUUCAGCGGAGGUGGACGUGGCCACACAGGUGCAUCCUUCCCACGGCCGUGUCUCUGUACCGGUGUUACUGGAUAGUGCCCCUUUUGUCUCCUCUGUCAUCGAGACUCAAGUGACACCAUCCGGUGUAACAGCCGGGUUUCCCUCAGCCAUCGCCAGUGUUCUCCUGGAUGCGUCUUUCUCUGUCACAGCAGAGGAAAGCACGCCGUCGCUUGCUCACAGAGACCCAGCUCUUUUUACGUCCGCUAAAUAUAGUUUGGAUCCCUCACGAGAGUCUUCACUUUUCCCUGACCGAGAACCUGCCAGUUUUUCCCAGCAUGAAACCGAAAGUAUUUUGGAGUUUGCAUCCAGCUUUUUCUCAACUCCACCGCUGGAAUUCAGCAGCUCGGUGCCUUCAUCUUCAGAAGUCCUUGUGUCUCCGUCUCCAGGGUCAAGUGACCUGUCGGCCGUCAUUUCUCAGGCUUUUUCUACCUUGGUUGAGACACUUACAUUGUCCGAGUCCAUUAAUUUGCAGUCACCUCAGCUUUCUGUUCCUAAUUCCCCAGACCUCAAAUUUUCUCAACUCUGGCCAAGUUCAGACCUUCUUUUAAAUACAUUCACUUUUCUACCUAGUUACUCUGAGAUGUCACUGCUAUCAAACGUCCCCUCUGAUUCUCUCAAGUCCUCUGAAGCAUCAACUGUUUCACUGACAGACGAUUCUGAAGCUCAUUUUACCUCAGCUUUGACUGAAACUACCUCCUAUUUUGAGUUUUCACUCAUGUCUCACGAAUCCGCAGUCACCACACUGAUGCCCUCCAGUUCUGAGCUCCCCUUUGACAUUUCGACUGCUGGGACUCACUCAACAUCACCUUCAACUGCUUUUCACACAUCACCCACUUUAACGGAGUCCUCUCUCUUUUCGACUCCAGCACCUUCUGACGACGAUGUCAGUGGCAUGGACGAUCACAUGUCUGUCGUAUCCUCUUUCUCCAAAGUCAUUCCCACCACCACAGGAUUGGUCACCACUGCGUCCCCGUCAUCAGCUGCCUCGUUUGUUCCUGAAACGACCCCCUCACCUGUACCUACAGAGCCGAUAAUCGUGAGCCCAUCUUUCACACCCACGGACUUACCCUUGAACACCUCCACUGAACUGAGCACACCUGAGACCACUGCUGCCCCUGACGAAACCGUGGACACCACCCCGAACGGCAGGCAUUCGAGUCAGAAGCCCCAUGAGAGCAGCACGCUGCUUCUCCCUCCAUCCCUUCCUCCUCUGGUCACCUUCACCCCUGAAGCGAUGGUUGAUACACCAGCGCCGGACACCACCACGCUGCCGUAUGUGUGUGAUAUCACAGUUCCUGAUGCCUAUUUGAUCACGACUGUGCUGGCCAGAAGAGCCGUACAGGAGUACAUCAUCACGUCCAUCAAGGAGGUGCUGAGGAUUCAUUUCAAUCGGGCAGUGGAGCUCAGGGUUUACGAACUAUUCGCUGACUUCACUUUUCUGGUAACAUCCGGUCCUUUUGUUUACACGGCAAUAUCAGUCAUAAAUGUACUUAUAAACAGUAAACUUGUACGUGACCAAACUCCUUUAAUCUUGGCUGUGAAACCUUCCUUCCUUGUGCCAGAGUCCAGGUUCCAAGUUCAAACAGUCCUUCAGUUUGUGCCUCAGAGCGUGGAUACUGGCUUCUGCAACUUCACCCAGCGCAUCGAGAAAGGCCUGAUGACAGCUCUCUCUGAAGUGAGAAAACACCACCAGGCCACGUAUAACCUCACAGUGCAGAUCCUGAACGUCACCGUGGGUCCUUCGAGGACGGCCCCCCGGCGGGGCCCUGUGAACAUCGUCUUCGCGGUGAAAGGUGCCCAGGGCUUCUGGAACGGGACGCAAGUGAGCGAGCUGCUCAGGAAUUUGAGUGUGGUGGAGUUCAGCUUCUACCUGGGGUACCCAGUGCUCCAGAUGGCCGAACCCUUCCAGUACCCACAGCUCAACUUGUCUCAGUUGUUGAAAUCGUCUUGGGUAAGAACAGUCCUCCUGGGAGUCGUUGAGAAGCAGCUGCAGAAUGAAGUGUUUCAGGCGGAGAUGGAGCGCAAACUGGCCCAGCUGCUCAGCGAGGUCUCCACCAGGAGGCGGGUGUGGAGAAGGGCCACCGUGGCCGCCGGUGGCAACAGCGUCGUGCAGAUGGUAAAUGUGUCGAGGCUAGAGGGAGAGGACAAUCCCGUGCAGCUCAUCUACUUUGUGGAGAAUCAAGAUGGAGAAAGACUCAGUGCAGUCGAGUCAUCUGACCUGAUCAACAAGAUAGAUGUCCAGCGAGCAGCCAUUAUCUUGGGUUACCGAAUUCAAGGCGCUGUCGCCCAGCCGGUGGACAGGGUGAAGAGGCCAUCACCGGAGUCCCAGAGCAGCAACCUCUGGGUCGUCGUCGGCGUGGUCAUCCCCGUGCUGGUGGUGACGGUGAUCGUCGUCAUCCUGUACUGGAAACUCUGCCGCACGGACAAGCUGGACUUUCAGCCCGACACAGUGGCCAACAUUCAGCAGCGUCAGAAGUUGCAGAUCCCCAGUGUGAAGGGCUUCGAUUUUGCCAAGCAGCAUCUGGGUCAGCACAAUAAAGACGACAUAUUGAUUAUUCAUGAGCCAGCACCACUGCCAGGACCUGUGAAGGACCAUACCACACCCUCUGAAAAUGGAGACGUGCCGAGCCCCAAGGCCAAGGUCCCCUCCAAGAACGUCCGUCACAGAGGAAGAGUUUCACCCUCCGACGCUGACUCUACAGUAAGCGAAGAGUCCAGUGAGAGGGAAGCAGGAGACAAGGCGCCAGGGGCGGCGAACGGGGACAAGUCCCACAGAGCGCCACACAGCGGGCCACCAGCACCCAGUUCAGGGAAUGAGCAGCACUCAUCAGCCUCCAUCUUUGAGCACGUGGACAGGAUCUCUCGUUCCUCGGAGGCGAGCAGGCGGGUCCCCAGUAAGAUCCAGUUGAUCGCCAUGCAGCCAAUCCCGGCACCUCCAGUUCACCACCCCGUACUGGCUGACCGAGUGGCAGAAACCAACAAAAUUAACAAAGAGAUUCAGACGGCGCUGCGGCACAAGUCGGAGAUCGAGCAUCACCGCAACAAGAUCCGCCUGCGCGCCAAGCGCCGCGGCCACUACGAGUUCCCGGUGGUGGACGAGCUGUCGUCGGGUGACACGCGGGAGCGCCACCGCGUGUACCGCCGGGCGCAGAUGCAGAUCGACAAGAUCCUGGACCCCACGGCCAGCGUGCCCUCGGUGUUCAUAGAGCCCCGGAAGAGCUCGCGGAUAAAACGUUCUCCUAAGCCACGCCGGAAACACCAGGUCAACGGCUGCCCGGGAGAUGCUGAGAAGGACAGACUCAUCACCACGGACAGCGACGGCACUUACAGAAGGCCCCCGGGCGUCCACAACUCUGCCUAUAUUGGCUGUCCAUCCGACCCCGACCUGCCGGCAGAUGUGCAGACGCCAUCUUCCACCGAGCUGGGCAGGUACCCAGGCCUGCCCUUCCCGGCCCCCCAGUACGUCCCGCCCCAGCCGUCCAUUGAGGAAGCACGCCAGACCAUGCACUCCCUCCUGGACGACGCUUUUGCCCUCGUGGCCCCCAGCAGCCAGCCUGUCAACGCUGCAGGCCCCGGGGUCCCAGCCGGCCUGCCUGUGACCAGCACCCCUUCCCGAGAUGAGAAACGAGCCACCCAGUGGGGGUCCUUCUACAGCCCAGCUCAGACGACGAGCAGCCCAUGCAACAGAUAUGAAGACUAUGGAAUGACUCCCCCAUCAGGCGCAUUGCCAAGACCCAGUUUUGGCCCCGGUUUGCUGCCGUCGUCAGAGCUGGUGCCUCCUGAGUCCCAGCAGCCACAGGCAUCGGCUGAAGCCCCGUUUGCCGCCCGAGGGAUCUACUCUGAGGACAUGCCAUCGGUGGCCCGGCCUCGGCCUGUCGGGGGCACCACAGGCUCCCAGAUCCAGCACCUGACGCAGGUGGGAAUUACGAGCAGAAUCGGAGCUCAGCCAGUGGAAAUUGCACCAAGCAGAAGUGGCCAGUAUGGGGGACCAAGCUGGCCUUCGUACGGGGAGGACGAGGCAGGCCGAAGAGAGGCCGUGCCAAGGACUUCAGGCCGGGAGCCCUCAGCUCCUCCCGGGAACCUCCCACACAGGGGGCUGCAGGGCGCCAGCCUGGCUUACGCCACCAGCUCCACGGAAGACCUCCAGCCCGGACACUCCUCGGCCUCGCUCAUCAAAGCCAUCCGCGAGGAGCUCCUGCGGCUGUCUCAGAAACAGACCACCAUGCAGAACUUCCACAGCUGAUCGGCCUCGCCUUGCAGAUUUGCCAAGUAUCCGCUUCCCGUGGAAGCAAGACCAAGAGGAAACCAACAGAGUGGGUGUUCGUCAGAGGACAAGCGUCUCCUGGGCUCGGCGCCUGCUCAAGGGAGCAAGUUGCAACUUUAGAAGAUGCCACAAGUCGCGUGACAGCUCACGAUGCUUUUAAUAAGUUGGCAAUUUUGUGACCACUUGGGUCCAGUCGAAAUGUCUGUACUUUUGGCUAAAAGCCAGCAGCACCUCACAAAAGACAAACCACAAACCUAAGCUCACAAAAUUCCUAAGUCUCCUUUUUCAAGGCGAAAGCCGAAAAUGUCUAGAUGGGGUAGAGAUGCAGGGAAUCCCGCAUUUCCGCGGGAAGUUCUGAUUCAAAGGCUGGUUUGUACGGUGGACCUGCUGCUUUGUUUUCUGAGAAGAGAGAUUUGAAGACAUUUUAUUAACAGCAUAUUUCCCUCUUUUUCUCCAUAGGAACUUAUUUUGAUAGUCAUGUUAACAACCAGGAUACUAAGGCUGUUCGGGAGUUUAAAAAGCUACUAGUGAGAAACCAAAUGAUAGAUUGUAGAGCCUGAUGAUUUCAAACGAAGCCAUCACCUGCACUGUUCCUUCUACUUCUGGUGCUACAGCUCCAACGGCCCUUCACCUUUUUGUCUGUGAAAUGCAACUUUGGCUUUUUCAGUGGAAGAAUAUGUUGAAGCUUUCGUUUUGUUCUAGAAAGAAAGAAAGAAAAAAAUCCCUCCCAAAUGACGGAGGGAGAAGCGUAAUGUUUAUGGGGUUUUUCAAAAUACAUAUCAAAGCUUAGAUUUACAUUCUUGAUUGUAUUCGCUGUUCGUUAAUAGAGUGCCCAUCUCAGCACGUGUCAUCAUUAAGGCCAGUCCCGCAGAAUGAGGCUUUCAGGAGGUCCUCACCCAUCCUUGUCCUUUGCCGAUGAGUUGCUCACAAAUUAUGUUUGAAUGACAGAUCUUACUUAAGUAAAACUUACGUGGCAACAUU